GGUUCUGUCUAUCAUCACAGACGAAAUCGAUUUGAUCGUGUGUUGGAAUGGAUUCUGCACGGUGGACCUUCGUUGUUUGCCUGUUAUUCUCGACAACUGUGUCGAAAGUGGAUUCUCGUAAGUCCUUAUAUCCAUUAAGGGGUAAAAAUCUUGGAAAAUUUUUGAAAAUAAAUAAUGUAGAAAACUGAAAGGUGCUAUCUGCACAUACACAAAAAAUUAAUAAUUCUUCACAGGCGUUGUCAUUCCAAAACUAAUUAUUAAGCUUUUGAUAAGCUGUCAGAAAUAUUUGAACUUCUUCAUGGAAGAAUACAUUUGGUGUAUGGUUGCUGUGAUGUAAACAUUUACAUGCUGAUACGCUUUAUUGUUUUCUGUGGUUUUGUUUUCAAGAUUACACUAUAUAUGUUACAGGUCAAAUUUGAUUUCAGGUUAAAUUGUUGGUAGGUUGAUUCUCAAUUCCCUUUACAAGUCUCUUAGGGCUAGGAGACAAAGGAAUUGAGAGGUCCUGUAACAUAUGUUACAUGUACAUGUUCGGCAUUUAUUCAGGCUCGAAUAACAUCUAAGGGGCUCUUAAUUUCACGUGAGCCCGGUGGACCGCCUUGGGUUCAUAUGGGCGAAUCUUUGUUUACACUUUUUGCCUCAUUAACAUAUGCUUAUCACUAUCUGAUGAUGCUAAUAGAAUAACAACUCUGAAUAUUGAAAGGGCAUAACAGUUUCAGUUCUCUCUGAAAAUUUGAGCCCAAUACACCGAAUUGUUUCGGAUAAAUUCUCUUCAAAAAAUGUGUUGUCUUACAGAGAAGGUAUGGCUCAUUAACUAACUUUUUUGCCACCCAGCAAUUUCGCAGUUUUUGAUGGCUGGUAUUUUCUUCAAUAUUGCUUGCAAAGAGCUGAAAAUUGGACAAAUUGCUCAACUUAAUCAGCUCUUUCAACUUUUGCAUUUAGUUCAUGUAUAUACAUCCACGGCUUCUAUGGGUCAAGUCAUAUGCUAAUGAGGGAAAAUGUAAACAAAGACGUCUGCAAAGAUUUGCCUAUAAGAAAUUUCAGCCGCGCAGAAAAAGCAGAAGAUCCCGAGGACAAGUUCUGGUACGAAAUUUGCAUGAUCAAGGUUGUUGUGGCUUCCAAAAUAACAUCGGAGCAUCACAGCAAUUUCUGGUACGAAAUUUGAGAAACAAAGUAAACGUGACAAAAACAAAAAUUAACACUUUUGCACCUAUCUUAGUGCUAGUUUUGGCAACUCUAAAAGCUGUAUCACUGCAGUUAAAUGGGAUGUUUAUGAAGUGGAAAAUACAGCAGGCAAUGCAAGAUGACUAUAUGCCAUCCACGCCACCAGAAUUCAUCCCACUUUCAUCCCAGUAACCAGACUAUAGUGUUCUUAUCGCAAAAUUUCCAGCCUGCUUAUUGAGAUCCCAGUUGGAAAAACCGAGAUCUCUGGAACUGAGCCAGCCCUCAUUUUACUUUAGGAUUUAGUGGUAAGGCGAGAUCUCAUGUGAAGAGGCCUAAAAUCUAUAUCUGAUCACCACAGCAAAUUAAAUUGGCAGGAAUUUCAGGUUAACUAAUAUAUUGUAAAUGAAAUAAUUAUUAUGAAAUAAUUAAUUAUUAGGUAAUAAUGGCCGUUUCUCAUGGUCACAGCCCAUAAUUGGUCGAUGGGUGGCAAAUAGAAGCCUAGAUUUUCAGGUGUUGUUGUUCAGUUCAGUUAAGUUAUGUUGCAAAAGUCAAAAUCUAUCAAAUAAAAUUUAUAUUUAAAAUAUAAGAAUACUGGCAAUGGAAAAAUUAAGUACCGGUAGAACUGAUAUGCAGAGUGGAAUGUUCACUUCCGAGUCUCGUGACUUAUUGACCUUUAAACAGCGACAUAAGACAAGAUGAAAUGGUGACAAAAUGGCGACAUAAAAAUGUGUUAAAUACCAACAGGGACAUGGCCUUCUCCUCAAAAUAGGAAAUGACCAUAUAUAAAAUUCAGGUUGCAUAACAGGAAAGUUGUUGACAGUAUUGUAAAUGACCAGUAGGUUACAGUGGAUCUUUAAAUCCCAUGGGUUCCACAUCUUCUACAAACCUUUUAACGUGCUGUGAAAUCAAUUGACACAUGUAAAGGAUUGAUUAGAGAAAUUAAAGAAGUGCAGGGUCGUUUACCACAGCCAAUGUGAACAAUGUCUGGACAACUACAUUGGUCCCUUUUUACCAGGAUCACAGAACACCAAUCCCGUGAAACUUCUGCUGUUUUCAAGCACUGCUGUGCAGUGGGUCACAACAUCAACCCGCACAAUGUAAAAGUACAAUAGCUGACAAAAAUAACCCAAUCAAGUGCCGCAUCAAGGAUGCCAUUUCUAUUAUAAACAAAGAAAAGCCUCUCUGAAUAGGGACUAGGGACUGGACCUCCCAGCCAUUAACAAUCCUCUCUUGCGGAUAAUUUCAUAACAACUUUUCUGUGAUGCCACCUGAGACUUCACAUCGCUAAAUCGAAGUUCAAGCAAUUCAGACAAAAUAUUUGUUUUUUGUCUCAAAUUUUGCUCUGGUCUUUGAAUAUUAUUUACCGUAAAUUCUCUAUUUAUUAUUUUUUUCAAGCACUUUUGAGGGGCAGGGGGGAGCUUGAUAGAAAGAAGGGGGGCUUUUUAAUUUAGUGAAAUGCAUCAACGGAAGUAAGGUUUCUAUGGGAUGGACUUGUGGUUCCCAGGCGUUAUACUGCUUUUUCUAACAAUAAGAAAAUGGUAACAAUUCUCCACAGAGAACUAGAGAGUAAGGUUGAAAAAGUUAAUAAGCCCAUGAAGUUGGAGGUCAUGGGGCUGAAGCCAAAAACGAUAUGAAUUUCCAGCCGGAAUAAACCAAUUGUUUCUGAAAAAUAAGGAUGGAGUGGGGAGGGAGGCUUAUUAACUUUCCUCCUUUGAAAAGGGGGGCCUUAUUAGAGAGGGGGGACGAAAGAGAGGAUUGACGGUAUACUGAAAGUAAAUGUGGUUACAGUUGAACCUAAGUCCCGAGAGUGAUGAAAAUCAAUUUUCUCCUUAAUUAUGAUAUCAAUACAUAAUCAAGAGAAACUGUUGUGAGAAUAUAUAAAGUAAUCCCUUCACAGAAAACGCUUUGAUCUUCAAACAAGUUCUCACAUUUAAUUCAUUAAGGAAAUGUAUGGAGAUCAGUUUUGAGAAUUUGAACUUGGAUAUUAGGGCUUAAAGAAUUAAGCGACAACCCCCGGGGUAAUGGCAAGUGGCCACUUAAUUGAGGUUGGCCACUGAAUAUACAGUAGGUAAUUUUGUCUGGAAGUAACAUUAUUAACCUUUAACAGUAACUUCACUUCCCGUGUGAAAUACCUCCAUGGAAUUCUAUGGAAAUCCAUAGAAUUCGAUGGAAAUCCAUGGAAUUCCAUGGAAAUCCAUGGAAAUCCAUGGAAUUCCAUGGAACUUCCAUGGAAUUCCAUGGAAUCCCAUGGACGGAGUUCCAUGGAGUAUCCAUGGAGUUCCAUGGAAUCCCAUGGAGUAUCCAUGGAGUUCCAUGGAGUUCCAUGAAGUAUUUCAUGAUAAUGAAUUUAUUUACGGCUUUAAAAACAUGAUUUCAGCGUAGUCAAAAAAUGGAAUUCCAUGGAGUAUCAAUACAGAUCAUUAACUCAAGCAAUGAAAAUGCACAACAAUUGAAGGGAAAAUUUACUAUUCGGUGAUUGAGGAAUGCCAACGGGGUUCCCAUUGCCGCCGCCAUCCGAUCUGACUUGUUCAAAUAUUCCACUUGGUCCAUGAUGGUAAUCAACGGAACCACAACAAUCGUAAAUGGCAUUCUAUCCUGCCUUCCCCAAAGCCAGGGGUUCCAUGGAAUGCCAUAAUGUGUCCAUGGGGUUCGAUAGAAUACCAUGCAGUUUGUAUGAGAAAAUCCAUAGAAAUUCAGUGAUCAAGCAACUCAUCAACUUGUUAAACACAUGUUCAAGUCUGCACUUUUUAUUGGAUAGAAAAAUAGGAAACAUUUGGAAGCUUUCUAAAAGCAAAAUAGUGCGUUUAGUUUAAAUUACACAGACAAUGCAAAAGUAUUGUUCACUGAUGCUGAAAGUCCCAGUGUCAGAUAUCUUAUUGCUAACUAUAAAGAGGAAUAUUAUGUGUGCUUAAUAAAAAAAAUGAUCCUGUUAAAAAAUAAAUAAAUAUAGAAAAUUAGUUUUUGGUAGGGCUGUCUGCCAUUUAUCUUUUAAAAUCAGUGUUGUGUUUAAAAUAUGAGAAGAUCACUGUUAUUAACAACAUGCAGUUGCUUUGUUACAUUGACACAGUGGCUAUUCGUACAAGACCCGUACACCGAUGUGUAUAUUUGCUAUGACAUACAGGAUCAAGUCUCUACCUGAAAUUUGUAUGAAAUUUCUAAGUCUCUUGAAAUUUCUGAUCAACAAAUACGUGUACGUCUCUUCAACCACUAUUCCAUUUUUUAGGAAAAAAUUUCAGUGGCAAAUUUUGAAAAGAAGAAAAAUUCGAUGUGGCAAGAAUGCUGAUCCUGGGGCAUAGAAUACAUAGUUCGUAGCCUAACCACUCUACCACGGAGUAGUAACUCGCUCCUAGGUGGAGUUUGAUUUUAUUCAUAUAACAACAACCGUAACCCUAAUCAGAAGCUAACCGUUUCGAGUCAGUGCUUUAAUAGCCCUAAUCAGUUUAGUCGGAAUCCCGUAUGAAUAGCAAAUACAAGACAAUGUACGGGUCCCGUACUUAAAUAGCCAGUAGAAAAUGAUCCCACUAGCUAAAUUUAUAGGCACAUAACUCUUCUCGGCAUCAAAGUGUCUUUGGUUGAGAGCUAAGAUUUUCCCUGUUACUCGAGUUCAACCUGAUCGAUGAGAUUGCUUUGCAUGGAGUAUUUCGGCGAACCUACACAAGCAAUGUUAGAGUUUUUGCCGCAUGCGUGGAUAGGCUAGUCUGCUACACAGCCGUUUUUAGUGGGGAGGAGAGUUGCGUGACAACACUAAGAGUUGUGUAGCAGACUAUGAAUGGGCCUGCUGCCUUUUUUCAAAGGUUCCCUCACCUGGGAGAACAAUGCAAUAUUUUCCUCUCACUGCUUUACUCUUCAACAGCGUCGGAAUAGUACAAUUAACUCUGAAAAGGACCACAAUUUAAAGCCCUUAAAGACAGACAUCUCCACGAUCGUGCUGUGAGUUGACGCCAUGUUUGGUGCUUGAACUGGCUUCCAGGCCUCUCCGCUUGGUGACUUACGUGAUCACGUGGGGCUUUUGAACCAACAGAAAGGCGUAGAAGAUUAGUUUUUUUGGUUCAAAUCUUUAGGCAGACUUCUGUGCAGUACUACAGUGUUGUGUAAAUGGACAUAGGCGUACGGGAAAUUUUUUGCCAGGGGGGGCGGUAAGCCAUUUGCCCAAAAAAUUUUCGCAAGUGUUCCAAAUUUUUACAAAAGAGUCGAAAAGAAACAAGGGCCAUAUUGCAACAACAUAGGCCGUGAAGGUGGUUUGAUACAGUUUUUCAGGGUCAUGCAUUGCCAAGUUUGAGCAUAAACUAUGUCGCCAUAAACAAACGUUUGGAAAAAUUGCCACCACAGUAGAUGAAAAUUUGUCAUGAUCAGGGUUGCAAUGACAUCGGAGUUGUCAUAGCAUCGAAAUCACGCCAUUACCUAUUUUACUUCAGCAAAAUUAAAAAUUCUCGGCACUGGGAACCUUACAAAAUCUUUCACAGGAGCUUUUUUCGCCAAUACGGUCUUCUCAAUGUUUGCAAAUUUUAAGCAAAAUAUGUAAGAGCUUCAUCGAGAUAGUUUGCGAUGAAGUUUCUACCGUUAAAAAUACGGUAAGAAAAGGAAAAUCGUGAGGUUUGGCCGUUAUCUGUAGAAAACGAAGAGCUUUUGACAUACAAUUUCACCUCAUAGUAGUUUUCACGUGUGUGAAAGAUCGUGGACAUAGCUCUGCCCGAUUGCUAGAAAGAAGGAUUUGAUUAGUGCGCUCUUCUUAGCGGUUUUGUAAACAUUUCGGUCUACUUUAACAAAUUAGCAAUAGAUUUUUUAAAAGAAUUAAGAUUCUUCUCGUAAUUCAAACUGAGAAUUAGUCAGCCACUCCUCCGUCUUCAGACCCACCCUGUUCUUCGAGUGGAGAUGAUUCUAGAAAGUUAUGCGACUGGAUAGCGCAUUCCAGCUAGCCCAGUGCAGUACGGUGCCCAACAAUAACAAAAAAAUAAAUAUGUAAAUUACUCAUCACAUGUUAGGCGGUUACUGUCUCCUGUGAAUGUAAGUGGAUUAUUACGCCGACUUCAGGUUAAUAUUCAGGUCUUCAAAAUAAUUAAAUAAACAUGGAGACGUCUUUAAAAACAGGCUUUGUGCAAAUUUUCUCCUGCUGCCCAAAAAAUCUGAGUUGCCCAAAAUUUGGGGGGGCUGCAGCCCCCCUCGCCCCCCCGGCCCGUACGCCUAUGUAAACGGAUUGUCUUUGCAAUGAAUGCAUCCGAAAAAGAUGUUAUUUUCAACGCAAAAUAUCACUUGUGAGGUUGCUUACAUUUGGCUUCUUUCAAAUCGACUUCGAUUAAACAAUGACUCAGCUGGAUCGCACAUUAAAGAGGAAGGUAAGCUCAAUAUGUACACAACUCGUGUUCGUGUUUGGUUUCGUUGCUCAACUGAAUUCGUCCACUCGAUUGGCUAUGAUAAAUUUAGAAGGGUAGGUUUUCGGGUGCUGUUUAUCGGUUUUAAUAUGUAUUUUUCAUCUGUUUUGUUCAUACAGAUAUGAAUGUGGUCUUUCGUGCAAAUUGCCUUCGGAAUCCUUUGGAAUAAUAACUAAUUCUGGCAGAAUUAGAAAUCGAAGACUGUACUUCAAUGGACUGCUUCGAUGUAUUAAGAAGAAAUAUCAUAUUUAGAAUUUUCAUGCCUGCUACGUAAAAACUAUACAAGAGACUGAUAAAUCAUAAUUGUGGCUGACGCCGUUUUUUCCCGAGGAUUAGGUAGGACUUUGCUAUAACUAAAUACCAUAGUGGUUCUGAUCGAUGAAAUAAGUAGCAAUAAAUAGCACUUCCCUUUUUCGUCGCAUUAAAUAAAGCCAUGUUUAAGUCUUACAUACUGACGGUUUGUGCAUUCAAGGAUUAGCUUAUUUUUUGCUUUGAAUUAUGCAUCUGUUCGCCUGCUACUUUUCUUAAACACCAGGCCAAGAUUCCUUGCCAUGUAUUAAAUCUAAAUUUUUCAUUUAAACUACUUCAUUAUGAUUGCGGCAUUCUAAACUGUAUGUAUAUAGUCACAAGUAAACAUUAAUUUGUUAAGCUACGGUAUGUCAAAUUUUCCGCCAAAAGAAUGUUAACUUUUGAUUGAUAUCUUAAAAAAGAGAUUUAUGCAGUCCUUAUAUUGAUUAAAUAAAUUACAGUGGACCAAAAUCUGUUAUGUAUUCCAUUUGAUUCAGUACUGAAUAUCUUAAAUGUCUAAUGCCUGUGAAUUCCAUGAAACUCCCUGGAGAUCCAUGGAAUAAUGGGUGUAGUGUAGUUUCUAUGGAAUUGCAUGGAGCUUUUCCAUGGAAUUCCAUGGAAAAUGUCCUAAUCCUCCAUGGAAAAUAUUGAUGUAAAAAUUUCCAUGGAAUUCCAUGGAAAUUGCUGUCCUAAUGUUUUCCAUGGAAAUCUAUGGAGAGAUUUCCAUGGAAUUCCAUGGAGAUUGAUGUCCUAAUCCUCCAUGGAAUUCCAUGGAAUUCCAUGGAGGUUUUUCACAGGGGUUUUAUCUGAAACAAACACCUUUAGAGGCUUCUGACAACUUUCGCUGUAGAGACAGCUCUAAUACUGAACAAAACUACCAGAAUAUCGUAACAAACAAGUAAAUCCUCCUUGAAAUUGUUGGGGUGAGGUUCUCCCAACUUUGCACAAAUAAUAUACUACUAUGUACAGAAAAAUGUUAUACUAUGGAAUAAACUUUAUGAUAGGACUAACUUGGCAUUGUAAAUGAAAUGUUGCAUUAUGGGCCCAUAAUCAGUUCUCACCUUCUUGACCUCUGACAGGGUGAACUUUCUCUCAGCAUACCAAGUGUGUCAAACAUUUGGUGGCCAUUGAAUAGAAUUGAAAAAUUAUCAUAGGAGGACUCUCAUUGGGAAGGCCAAAUAAAGGUGGCUGCACCUGCUUGAUAGAGGUGCAUGCAGUCACUUUCCUCCAUUAAAUGGAGGUUUAAAGUACAAUUAUUCUAUUUCACAAUUAUUAUUUUUUGGACUUACUGGAGGUUCAACUGUUAUUAAUUGAUUGCAUUUCCUUUUACCACAUCUUUUUUUAGAAGUGGCUUCUUCACCUGUUUUCCAACAAAAACCAAGAAAUGUGACAGAAAAGUUGUAUGAAACAGUGUAUUUCCCUUGCCAAGCUAUUGGCUUUCCAACACCAACAAUAAAAUGGGUAAAGUAUUCAUCUGGUAACCAAGAGACUGCGAUUGAGACCAGUGGGAGAUUUGCGAUAAACCAGGAUGGGUAUCUUUACAUCCUGGGUGUGGAGUGGUCUGAUUCAGGACGAUAUGCCUGUAUCGCUGAGAAUACACAUGGCAGAAUUAUAGCUUAUGCACAUCUCAAUGUAGUAACAGGUAAGAUUUAACUUAAUUUAUCAUUAAUGAAAAUUAUUCAUUUGAUAGCUAUAUUUAUGUUUUGCUUGUACUUAAAUAACUUCACCCCCUCCCCAUCCCCCGUUUUAAAAAGACAAAAAGAAUAAGAACAAACAAACAAUGGUAGCAUCAGGCACAAAUAAAUUCUAAACUAGAAAUAUGUGAAUUGCAGAGCCUUGUGAAGCAGAGGCAAAGGGCCAGAAGUAGAAAGAAACAGAAACAAGCUAUCGCCCUUCUUUAGGUUAAUAGAUCCUUUUUUUUUCUUAUUAAAAAACAAAACCAAACAAUACCGGGGGAAAAAAAGAAGAAAAAAGAGAAAAAAUAGUGACUUUAACCAGGAUUCGAACCCUGCUCCUUCUGCUCAGCACAAUAAAUUUAUCCUUACCACUAAUAUACAGUAAUAACUGAGGAGGUUACACAAGUAGUGGGGAAAGUAUUUAAUUUAUUUCCCUUUCCAUAGAACUGCCACUAGCAUAAAGCACCAUUUAAAGCUGAUCGAUCCAUAUUAAACAUGAAUUCAAAGGUAUAUUUCAGAAAAAUAACUGGGCUAUUAAUGGUAAAAAAUGAAUUUUAACGCAUUUCAUCAUAUUGAAAGAACAUAUAUGCCCAACAAAGGCGAUACAACCUUCUGCAAAGUAGGAUGCAAAACAGUGUUUUCAUACCUCCAUUUCCACUGUUAUUUUGAAGCUAAUGGUCCAAAUCACAUCUACUUUCUGUUAAAGGUACUUCUAAUUUGGAAAUUUAUUGCUAAAAGCAUUUCUUAAACAGGCGCUAAAACAACCAGGCCAGGUUUGGGGUGGUCUUUUUUAAUAGUCAGAAUGUUUCCUAGAAACACAAAAUGCGCUGUGACUUAUAACAAUAGUGAUGUCAGGGCGAACACCAUCACAAUAUAUACAUAGAAAUAUAUACGGGCUGGCCGACUUAAUCACACCCCAUAUUUAGUGGACAGAAGCCUCAGUGAGUUCCAGAUUCAUCCCAAAUUUUCCAUGAAACAAACCUAAAUUAAUUUAUCAGAUUCGUCAUGUUCAUUAAUUUGGCCACUUUAUAAGGAGCACCUCUCGUAAUCUCAUUUAACUUUUCACCAACCGUCUUUCUAUUGUUUGCCAGAUUUUCACUAUUGUCAUCAUUUUCGCAAUUUUUAUCAAAAAUUUAUCGCCACUCUGCAAGGGUACCCUAUAGCAGACCCAUAGCAAAUGUUUGCCAGAUUCCAGUGUACUUAGUAUGUCCAGAGGCUUCCACUGGAGGCUGGCCAGUCAGCCCCUAGCCCAAUAUAACAGUACCACAGCAUUCCCAUCAUGUGGAAUACUAACCCAUCCAUUGGUCCCCACUCACACUGAAAGGCAAUGGAAAUACAGGGAGGGGAGGCUAGGGGGAGAGAAGGGAAAACAACUGUAUCAGAACAGUGAAAUAUUGCACUUAAUUAGCACCUCAGCCCUUUAUUGCUACAUGUACAACAGGGUCUGUACAGGUCAUGGAAAACCUGGAGAGUCAUGAAAUGCAAGAAUUACAUUUUCCAGGUCUGGACAGUCAUGAAAUUUAAUUGUUGGUCUUGGAAAGUCAUGGAAAAUAAAAGUUAUGUCGGGUAGAUUAGAUGCUGUGGAUGUAGCAAAACAAUUUCAAUGUAAAAUAGAGACAAGAAAUUAAACAACAUGAACAGCUUACAUUUUGGUGGACACCUGCAGAGUUCAUGUCUGUUGAACUGAGUUAGGCCAAAAAAUAGCCUAGAACAAGGAACGUUUUGAAAAUUCUGGAAAGUCACAGCAAUUAACCCUUUAAGUCCCAAUAUCCACAUACAAAUUCUCCAAACUGAUCUCCAUACAUUUCUUUGAAGAAUUAGUUGAGAGAAUUUGGUAAAAGAUCAAAUAUUUUUCUCUUUUGGAUCAUUUUGUUAUUUCUCGUAGACUAUGCUCAUGAUAGUCUAUGGAUAUCGUUAGGAGAAAAUUGAUUUUGAGCACUAUUGGGACUUAAAGGGUUAAGACCUAUAAAAGGUCAUGGAAAAAGUCGUGGAAUUUGAAGAGCUCAGAAUAGUAUGUAUGAGCCCUGUACAACAUGACUGCAUUUGAGCCUGCAAAUACGACUUCUUACCACUGCAAUGACCACUAACAGCUUUUUGACUCACACAGGAAAACUUCUCUUAAGAACUUGCCUGAAAUGAGUGAGCAACAACCCAAUCUUAACAUCUUUCCACUCAGUUCUGUCUAAAAUUGAGACUCUUGUGAUUUGCACUAACUGUCCAUCCAAUCGAGAUGUUUAAUCUGUAAUAGAAGACUUCGCAAUAGUUUUAAUUGUUCAUGUGCCAUUUUAAACAAAAAAUGAUUACUAGUUGUGUAUAUUAUUGUUCUCUCUUCUAGAAAGUGCACCCUCAUGGCAUGUAAAACCACACAAUGUAACAUUAUACAAAGGACAAUUAUACACACUGCCUUGCAAAACAUAUGGCUACCCUGAACCAUCUUAUACGUGGCUGAAAGAUAACUAUCCUAUCUGGGAUAUUGACCUAGCACCACAUGGAAAGGAACUGACAUUUCUGGUUGCUAGAACAUGGCACAGUGGAAAAUACACUUGUACUGCAUUCAAUAUAAAAGGCUCUAUUUCUGAGUCAGUGUAUGUCAAUGUAGUUCCAGGUAUGUCAUUUAAGUAAAUUUAUGAUCCGGGUAAGAUGAGAAGCAGUUUAUUUUGUUAUGGCACAAUAUGCUUUUCUCAAAUAGAAAUGUUUUCAUUUUUACACAAAGAAUGUAUAAACCUACAAAAAUGCAGUUUACAAAAUAAAAUGUAUUAAAACUCCAUUUUUAAAGGGUGCUUUUCGUACGUUAAGAGAUUUUGACCAAUCAUAAGAGUUGCAAACAAUAGCCAAGAAAAGUUUACAAUAAUUGAUUUAUUUUACAUUUUCCACACAUAGGAUUUUUGUGUAAAUUAGACUCGAUCAGACAAGAUUUUGUUAUAAGGAAUUUGUUUAGAAAUACAUGUUGCUUUGCGCAGAUUUUUUUUUUCAAUUUCAUGUUUAAACCAAUCAGAAGUGUAGUAGAGAAAAUAGCACAUUUUUUGUAAAGUAAGCACCUUUUUGCAUUCCAACGUAGUCAUCAUGGUUGGUUCUUUCGGCUUCUUUUUUGGACCUUUACUUAACGUAUACACUCCAGUUUGAUUUGUUAUCAGCCAUCAGGAUGUCAAACCCCGACCCUCCGAAUAAAGGGACCUUUACACGUCUCAAAAUCAGGAGUAUGUUGCUGGUACCCCCAUGCACCUGACUCAAAUCUCCCAUUUUCUUGCUUUCUGCACUCUUCCAAACAAAGCUUUACUGAUGACCCCAGAAUUAAGCUAAAAGUAAUCUCUCUGGGUAUAUAUUAAAAACAAGUGGCAAGGAGGCAUAAAAGCUAGAAAGGAAAUGUUACAAAUUUGGAGAUUUUUGUUGAAUUUUGUCUUUGACCACCCCCGUAUUGAUUUCAAGCACAUUUUAGGGGAAAGGGCUUAAUGGACAAGGGAGGAGGGGGUCUUAUUUGAGAGGUGGAACUUAUUUAAUUUAGCGAAGAUGAUGGCCUGUAUCAAUUCUCCAUAAAGAACUUGAAUGCAAAGUGAAAAAGCUUAGGCACAUGCGGUUUAGAGGUCUUUCAGCCAAAGAUCAAAAGAAAUCCCAACUUCCAGCACUUGAAUUAAACAGUCAGAUUGGUCCACAUGAAGUGUUUCAUGAAUAAUGAAAUACAGUCUUUCAUUUUCUUUCAUUUAAGGGUAAGGGGGUGGGGGUUGGGGUUAAUAACUUUCUUCCCUGAAAUGGAGGGGUCUAUUACAGCAUGCAAAGAAAGUACCGUCCGAUAGCCCCGGGCUAGUGGAUUUUGCUAUCGGGCUAGUGAAUUCUGUUUUUAACUUGCCCGAAGGGCAAGUGAGGUUUUUUGAGGAAUUUGAAUAACAGAAGAACUGUGAAAUCAAUUUUGCUAGUCAAAAUGUUUUUGGGGCUAGUUGAAAUGACCUCUGGGCUAGUAACUGCUAGCUUCAGCUUGCCCGAAUGGCAGGCUGUAAAAAUGAUUUUCUUUGCACCCUGCUAUGAGAAAGGGGAGGCUUGUUCGAGACAAGGGACUUUAUAGAGGAUUGUAUUACUUUUACUUCUAUUUUAUUGCUGAUCAUUACUUUGAAUUCUAAUAGAUCCCUCAAUCAUCAUUCAACCAGAGAAUGUGUCUGCAUAUCAUGGAGAAGCCAUUACUUUAUCUUGUGGUGUGGUCAGCAGUAAUGAACAGUUGAGUGUUUCAUGGACAAGGUAUGGCAAAAACGUUUCAGAUCGUGACAAACUCAUUUCCUUCACACAACAGACUUGGAAUAAUGAUCAGAUUUAUUCUCUGAAAAUAAGCAAAGUACAAAAGCGACAUCUUGGAAAAUACCACUGUAUAGUGACCAAUUCCAAAGGAACUGUAACAAGCAACAAAGCUUUUAUUUCAAAUACAAGUAAGUAAAGCUCUUUUUAAUUAAUUUUUAAAGUGAGAUAAUACAACAACUUUAAAACAAAGCUACAUUGUACACAUAAACAGAGGACAGAAGACAAGACUAUACUAAGUCUAUAGUUACAAUAAUGAAAAGGAAUAAAAUACUCUGCUGAACGUGGCAGCUUAUGCUCAGAAUUUAUUUCCACUGAAAGAAAAGAAAACAUUUACCUUGAUAACGUCUUCAAUUUUCACCCUUUUUUGCUCUUCAUUAAAGAGAACUAGCAUCGAAACGGUUUGGGGGUACAACAUUUUCCAUCAGCUGUAGUAUUUGAAAAUUUGUAAAAGCAAGAUCCAGAGACGCUUUGAGGGGAUUUGUAAUCCUUAAAUUAUGCAAAGUGGAUCGGUUAAGGUUCUUUGAACCAUGUUUAUUGCAUACUAUACCGAAUAGCUUUUGCGCUGGCAUGGGAACCAUACCGGAUUGGAAUUCUGUUCACACAUAAGGACGGUGAUUUCAGUGUGACUUCUGUAAUGGAGCAAAGCUGCGCGUCUAAAGUGGAGUGUCAAAAUUACAUGUUCUAGCGAAUCAAAGUUUUCAGUAUAAACUUGAUACAGCUAAUAAAGUUCUCAGGGAAAAAUAAACUAGUAAGAUGUAGGAACCAUAUUAUAAUUUACCUCAACGUGUUUCUACCUCUUCUUGUGCCAAAAGCGAGAAAGUACAAGACUACUAAACUUCAUGCACAGUGUAUGUCUAUUGUAACCUGAGAUCAGGCCCAAUUUGAGCGGUUCUCAUACAUUCUCUCUAAUGUAAUUUUCAAAGCGAAACGAAAAUAGAGCCUGAUCUCAGGUUAUGUCUAAAGGCAGUAUGGACAAAACCGAAAUCUUGACAAAGUGACCGUUUAUCUGGGAAAGACGGUACAAAAUUACCAUAGUCAACUCACGUCAUAAAAAUGAAAUUUGCACACUGUUCAGUUUCUGAAAGAACAACGUCCUGCCUAUUCGCAAAAAAUUCAGGGCAAAUUGUCUCUGAGAUAUUAGACAAGUUAUGCUGUGACGAUUCCAUACAAAUCCUUCUAAAUUUGGCUUGGUUCAUAAGAUUAGAACCUGGUAGCCUUAGAAGAUUUCAGGUUAUGUUUAUUGCAAAUAUCUAUGGACAAUGAUAAAUCUUUUUUGACAAAGGCGCCUUGACGACCUUUUAAUAUGGGGAAAAUCCCAUAAUUUCACAAAUUUCAUUUUCCAUGACGUCACACUUCGGUACUCUAUUUCCACGACUUUGCAGUGACCGCUUAAUAGAGGUUGACAGGUUUGCUUAACUGUACUAUGAUAUUAUUAUCAUUAUUACUAUCAUUAAUCAUUAUCAUUAUCGUUAUUAUUAUUAUUACUAUUAUUAUUAUUAUUAUUAUUGCUUGUAGACUCAGUUGUACCAUUACAAAUUGAAGUACCAAAGUCAGAGGUCAUUACUACAGGAGGUGCCGAUAUUGAGUUAAUGUGUGUUUUUGUUGGAAGUCCAUCCCCACAAAUAACAUGGUACAAAGAUGGACAGAAACUCGCCGAGAAUGACUCUCAGGUCACGGUUACUCUGAACAGUAGAUGUGAAGCCUUUUUAAAACUUAAAAGCGUUACACUACUUGAUGCUGGCAAAUAUGGAUGCGAGGGGGACAAUCUUGCAGGAAAUGUCAGAGGAAACAUCACACUGUUUGUGAAAGGUGAGUAUUAUUCUUUGCUUUAUGUUGAUUGUGUAAUUUUGGCAAAAUAAUUAAAACUAAUGUUAGAGGCAGCAUGGUCGAACAGUCCGUGCUUUUCUGGGAAUCUGCCCACCUACCCCUCCCCAAAGCCAACAUUUUACCCUAAAUGAGAAGUAAGUGUUAAUAUUGGCUUAGGGGAGGGGUAGGUGGGCAGUUUUCCAGAAACGUAUAAAGAUCCUUCCUCGGUGACGCCUGUACAUGUAAAUAGGGACCUUACGAAACCACGACGACGACGGCAACGGGAACGUCACAAAACAAUAGGUUUAAUGAGCAAAACAACAACUCUGCACGUGCAUCACGCUUUCUUUGUACAUUUCUUUGCCUUCACUGCACAACUAUGACGUGAAAUGACCUUGUAGCGUUGCCCUCUCUUGGCUCCAGCCAAAAUCCCCUUCUUUUAAGUAACAUGGCGAAUUGGGAUAAUCGCGAAAAAGUUUAAAAUGAUGGGAAGUCUGUUUUUCAGCGACCUUUUCAUGGACGUGGCCGUUGUCGGAAUUUUACUACUACUAUUACUCCUUGGGAACGGGAACGGUAAGGCGAUAAAUUCUACCAUCUUUGUCCGAACUUGAGCGCGUUGCCCUCUCUUCAGCUCCAGCCAAAAUCCCCUUCUUUUAAGUAACAUGGCGAAUUGGGAUUAUCGCGAAAAAGUUUAAAAUGAUGGGAAGUCUGUUUUUCAGCGACCUUUUCAUGGACGUGGCCGUUGUCGGAUCGUAAGGUUCCUAAUAACCAACUGAAUUGUCUUCAGGCAGUUCAAGGGUUUUUUCAACUCUGUUUCAUGUUAUGCAGAUAUCUAUCGAUAGUUAUUUUUAAUUUUAGUGACGCUCAACACCAAAAACGAGUCUGGGUUGGUUCACAUUUUAGUUCAAAAUUUUAAAGUGAUGACUGAGAUUAAUACGAAUGUAGCAUUUUAUAUGAAACAUCCUUUCUUUUGCGAUUUAUGUUCGCCUGGAGUAAGGGGACCUACAGCGAAACAAAACGGGAGGUGCCUGAAUAUUACUGCUAGAAAUCAGCGUUAUAUUUUAACGAAAGGUGUGAGUAUAGAUCGUAAAGAAUUAGUUGUUGCCGUCUCUGAGAAGUGACAACCUAAAUUUGGUUGAGAAGUGAAUCACUAAGAAGUAAUUACUGUAAAGUUUAGGUUAGUCUUAUUUGCAGCUCAGUCUUUAAAGAGUUGACACAUCCGUCCUUUGUCUGAUAUCUUGCAGGAGAAAAUGUCAAAGCAGUAAAUCCCUUUCAAGAAGCCAAAAGAGAUUCAAUUGUGAAAUUACGAUGUAUUAUCAUCACACCAGUGCUUCCAGACGUAGCUUGGUACAAAGAUGGUGAACAAUUGAAUAGUGCAAAAACCACUUUAGAGCAACAGUCAAACGGAAUAUACAACGCUGAACUUGAAAUCCGAUCUGCUCAAUACAGUGAUACUGGAUUUUACACGUGUAUGGUGCAGAACCUGUUUGGAAUAAACUCUGGAAAUGUAACUCUGAAAGUCAAAGGUAAUGCUAAAGAUUUUUCGUUACCCUUUCUAAAGUUAAUAUCAUCGAGGAAGGGGUUACAGACUCUUAUUGUGUUUAUUGGACAACCUACAUGUACAGAUAUACUGCUUGUUCACACAUACAUCGCAGGAAAAGUAGGCUGAGAGCAACAGUCGACAUUUAACGACGCCGCCAAUGGUUUUAUUCCGUGAAAUGACGUCUGAACAGAAAUUCCAUACUGAUGAAGCGUCACUAUCCAGAUGUGGAUAGUGCUUCUGAUUGGUCAAGCCACGUGGGAAUUUGUUUCAACCAAUCAGAAGCGCUACCCAAAUCUGGGUAGUGACGCGUCAUCAGUGUGGAAUUACCACGCUCGUUCCUGUCGUUAUUUCGCGGGGAAACCAGUGGUGGCGUUGUGAAAUGGCGGCUGUUCUCUUAGGCUACAUGAACUAAAAGAGAAUAGAAAUUCAUUUUAAUACAUGUACCAUUACUAUACAGGAAGUCCUGAAGCUCCUACUAAUGUUACAGUCAAGCCCCAAUCAUUACAAACUAUUCAAGCUACCUGGGUACCAGGCUAUGAUGGCGGAGCUCAUACUAUAUUCACGGUGCAAUUUAAACGUAGCGAUUCAAAUUCAUGGACUUCAACAGAUGCAGUAAACAGCAAUGUUACAAGCACUGUAUUGAGUAACAGCGAAGGCUGGGACGGGCUGUUUGUCUUCAGAGUGACAGCUGUCAAUCAGUUUGGCUCUACUGAAUCCAGUGAAGUGUCAGUUGUUCUAAGAGGUAGGUUUGGCAGGUACAAGACGCAGGUCAUAGGUCACCAUUGAAUGUCAAAAUAUUUUUGCAUCCUACUGUGUUGUCACAUUUGAUUGGCUAAAAGGGCAGUUAUACAAAUGCCCUGUAUUGGUUGUGGAUAUGUUAUUUAGCGGCUGCCUUAUGGUAUGAGAUAUAGCAAUAGUUUGUUAGGAUAGGAAGAGAAGUAAGGAUUAAAGGGAAACAAGACCAUUUUAUCGCACUAGAUAAACUUAUCUUAUGCUGACCAAGAGAUUUUUCCCCCUCUUUGUCAGGAAAAACCGAUAACCCUCAACAGCGAACAGACCAAGCGUCACCAACGAGUGCUAUAGUAGGCGGAGUCAUUGGAGGAUUACUGCUUAUUGUACUCAUCUUUGUUAUAGUGCUGUUUUUGCGUCGUAUGAAGAAAAAGAGAAAAACUCCUUCCAGACCUUCUCCUGCAGUUAUGUACACAGUCGUGGUAAGAUAAUUUGUUGUAAAGGGUUUUUUGUCGUUUGUCUCAAGAUAGGAGGCAUGGUGGCCGAGGGGUUAGAGCGCUGGAAUCAGUCAUGUCCAAUACUCUCAACUAGAUUCCAGUGGACAAAACCUGGAGUCCAGUGGAUUCUAGUCGAGAAAUGAAAUCGAAGUACAGUCGAGUCUACUUGAGCUACCGGAAGUCUAGUCAUAAGGUGAAACCGGAAGUGUAAACAAUACUUCGAAGAGAGUUAAAAAGUCGUCCGAUGGAGUCCAUCGGAUCUAUUAGAAACACAUAGAUUCCGAUGGAAUCUCCCGAAGUCUAGUAGUGCCAUGCGCCAAAACAAGCCCUGAGUUCAAUCCCCGCAUAACCGCUAACUGGAUUUUUUCUCGGCAGUCCUGAGUUUAACCCUUCGGUCACCCUUGUAAAUAGCCAACUGGUUUGCCUCCGGCCAGUAGGGAGUCUUAACCUUGUGGGCCGCAACGAAAACUAUUGAAUUUCCAGUAAUUGCUUUACCCCUAUAAAGUCAGUUUUGUUGUUGUUGUUGUUGCUGCUGUUGUUUUAUUGAUUGCGAAGUAUACCGUGGCUGCUAGUGAUUGCCGUACUGAUCACCAACCUCACUAAUGGUUGGUGGGUUUCGAUCGUAGCGUUGUUGGCAUUAAGGCUGGUUUUCACUAGCGACGGAGUCGGAGUCGGAGUUGGAGCCCGGCGUAAUCAAUUGCGUAGGACUUGACGAUCUUGUGAAAACUCUCUUUUGAUUCCGCUUACCACUCCGUCGUUUUCGAUCAAGCGAAAACUAAGUCGUCGGAGUGGUAAGCAGAAGCGGAAGAACUAAACCAAUCACAAAGCAUGGGAACGUGCUUUGUGAUUGGUUUAUCCUUCCGCUUCUGCUUCCUACUCCGACAAUAUGGUUUUCAAUAGAUCGUAAACGACGGAGUCGUAAGCGGAGUCGGAAGAAAAUGGAAACGUUCUGAUUUUUUCGACUCCGAUUCCAUCGCGCUUAUGACUCUGCUUACGACUCCGAUUUUUGAUUUUCACUAGGUCAUAAGCGCUCUUACCACUCCGCUUACGACUCCUACUCCGUCGCUAGUGAAAACCAGCCUUUAUUGGAGGACAAAACCGUUCCCGGUUUAUAAGUGAUCAACCCCAGGAUCGGUUAUGAAGACGUGCAAGUUUUUGUUUUGUUUUGUUUUGUUUUGUUUUGUUUGGUGGGGACGGGGGGAGUUAACAUUUUUCUCAAUAAAACUUCAAAUUUCCGCUCAAUAUGGAUUUUCGGCCACUUUUGUGACUGAAAAAGAUUUUGCAUCUAGAAACAAAUUAUGCACUACUGUUUUAUUCAGGCAUAGGAAUCGCUCCUACAUCUAUUAGGCUGAUUUAGCAACAGAACGGGAACGUCAGUUGACGACUGCGCGCGCAAAUCAAACAACUGGUUUGACCAAUGGCAGAGCUGCGAAUUGCGCACCGGAAGUCGAAUUUAGUAGUUUCAGCGCGCUUUCCCGUAGUCAAAUGACGUUCCCGUUCUGUUGCUAAAUCAGCCUAAUAAAUUAUCUGGAACGGUUGCUAUGGCAAAUUUCUUAGAAACAGAUACCACAAAAACACUAUAAAAACUGCUGGCUGCUCCAUGAACUCUGAUGGCCACAAGAAAGGCGUAAACGACUAUUUAAUAUGUUACCUUCUUGUUAACUGCAUGAUAUUUUAUAUGUUGCGGCUCAAUUUUAUUCUUGGUUUAAAUUUUAUUUCUCAACUUCAACUUCUAUGUCAUGCAUUACCAUUUCCAAAAACAAAGGGAUGUAAAAUUUAAACCAAUAAAUAAAAUUGAACCACAAGAAUGGCGUUUAAACUUACUUCUUUUAGAAUUCUGAAAAUAACAAGCGCAAUGGCAUGUAUGAUGAAGCCACAGGGAUACCACGGGACAGACAGGAUACCUACUCUUACGUCUCCAUAAGGCCUGAUGCGGCUUCAGCUAUGGCGAUGGGGGUCGGGGGCGAGUACGCUUCCAUCCCGCGACCAAAACAGUGGGAAGUUCCGAAGAGAAAUGUCCGCCUGGAUAAGGCUUUGGGAUCCGGUCACUUUGGUAAAGUUAUGAAGGGAUUUCUAAAGACCAGACAAGGCACCCAAAUUGUUGCUGUCAAGAUGCUAAAAGGUUCGUAGCCUAACUAUAGUACACUCUUUUUUAUAAGAACCUUUUUUAAUAAGAGCGUUAGUUUGUAGUUGUAUAUAUUGAUUGUCUGUCGUAAAUCUGUUUGCUUUCUGUAACUGUGUUACCCAUACAAUUUUAAUUGUCUCCUUUACAUCAGAAAACGCAGAUCAGCAGCAAAAGAAGGAGUUUCUAGAUGAGUUGGAGCUUAUGAAGACUAUGGCACCUCACCCCAAUAUAGUAGGACUGGUUGGGUGCUGCACAAAAUCAGGUAAUCAAAGAUACAGAAAAAAGUUAUAUCCACUUCGAGUUAGCUUACAUUUGAGACCUUAAGGAAAUGGAAGAUGGUGCAGGGCUAGCUCAACACAGCGCUGGUCACCACACUGGCAGGUCGCACGCUCGAUUGCCGUUAGAAGGUAGUAUGGAGCUUUAGUAACGAAAACGCCGACUGAAGCCAAACAUCAAUAUUACUUCGUCUUUUUUUAAAAUCUUAAAAUUUUUAUUCUGACUCAAAUGGCAAAUAUAGGUGAAUUUCCCGGGAAAUGAAUUGCUGGGGAACGCAGUCUAGUUGAGAAGAGGAAAAAAAUCGUCGCCAUGUGUUUAUGUCCUCCCAGGAACGUCGCGUAAGGGAACUACGUUCUUGUUUUGCUUUAUAUAUAUAUUUAUUUAUUUAUUUAUUUAUUUAUUUAUUUAUUUAUUUUCCUAUAUUUAUAAAGGAUUUGCCCCUUCAGCAAGGCUGAUAUCAAUAGGGGUCCUGAUAAAUGAUUAAAUGCAUCGGAAUACAUGGGAAUACAACCAAACAUAAAAUGGCAAAAUGAACUAUACAGUAAAAUAUUUACAGAAUAACAGUCCUUGUUAAACCUAUUACUCUUUUUUGGCGUUCUCGUUGCCGUCGACGUCGUCUUUGCUGAAGCUUUCGUACUGUCUUUGCCCUGCAAACGGCUUGACCUUGGCGUGGCUUCAUGGCGACUUGGAAAUGACCGUCCUGUCUCCAUGAAUUCGUUAAAAAGUAUCCGGAGUUCUACUUCUUCCUGAACACAUCCACGCCUCUUUUCUCAUUCACAGAUUCCAAAGUUUCAACCUCAUUGUUCAGCAGUACUAGAAUUUAUUCCAAAGUUAUCCUAAUAAUGGGUAGAAGUUUUGUAUUGCUGAAAAUUUUGCAAUACUUUAAAUUGUGUGAAUAAAACCGAGGGUAAUGUUUCGAAAAAUCGCUGGCUUGUUUGGGCGCACGCGCUUGGGUUCAAAAUUCGCGUGUGACGAAAAUUAAAACGUUUAUGACGUCAAGUUUUCGAAGCUUCAGUUCAAACAUUGAAGUGAGCGUCGUAGCAGCUCUUGUCAUAGUAUCACAUGAAUGGCUGGUGCCCAGAAAAGUGAAAUCUCAAACAACAAGAAGCAGAACAGAGGAAAAGUAUAAAGAAAAGUUACUUCCAACAAGAAAAGCGGUAUUGAAAGGUUGGAAUUCGUUUAUUUGUAGAGGAAAAACUAACUGAACGCACGACGAUUUUACGCGACACGACAAAUAUAUACGCCAAAUGCGGAACGUAGAACGAGAAAAAAAACAUAACCUUUUUUAGAUAUUUUCUGUGUUAUUCUUGCGUUGCUAAAAUUCCGACUACGAUAUUCAUUCCUCGUGGCUAAAAGAUUCAUCCAGAAAUGGCCAGUAUUUGGACUUUCUUCGUCCUUUGUUGUCGAACGUACAUUAUUUUUUCUUCGUGGUCUUAAACUCGUCAUUUUCCUCCCGCACUUCCCUUUUCUUCUGUAUAGAGCGACGGUCCCGUAAAAGUAACGAAAGCCGAACGGUUACGGCAAUUAGCCUCAAAAUAUCGGAACCAGAUGAAAAAAAGCCGUUAGAAAUUACUCAUCAAACGCUGAUAAAAAUGUGUUUACUGUUUAUUGUCAUACUUGAUUCAAAUACAGCUUGCUAAAACGCUGUGCUUGGCGCAAUUUACUUUUAAACCUCAUUGCAGUCGCCUCUUUUCCCCCGCGGUUUCUGAAUGGUUUCCUAGACAUUAUAACUCCCUCUUCUUGAGAAAAAGUAGAUUAAUUACUUUUAUUAUAAUCCUUGUUACCACGAUUCACCAGCAAAAGACAAGCGACUACUGAUUUUUUGGGUUAUUCUUCAAAUAUGUGUGGAGGAGUAGUUCAUCCAGUAUCCAAAACUUUUGAGGAGUAAUCAAAUUUUUUUAUAGAUUGAGACUUGGAAAAGUCUGGAUAUCGAAUGAAACGACUCUGUUGUCUGGUAUUCUCGAAUUGUCAAUGAUGGUAAAUGGCAUGUUAUUUUCAAACCAUCAUGACUUUGAUUUUUGUGUGAUUUUUUUUGUUUCUAUCAAUGAAUUAUAAUUAUCAAUUUUAGAAGCCUAUAAUGGGUCACUUCGGAGUAGCAAAAUCCCGUGCUCUCAAAAUAAGGCCAUUUACCAUUUUCACAUGGACCAUAAUGCACCUUGUUUUCCCCCCAAAAUUUUACGUAACCAUGCAUUGUUUACAAUUUUUCCUGGGUAUUUAAGUCGUCCCAGGAGGAAUCGAAGACAUUGGUUAUACAAAUUGGUUAUGAAAUUUUCGCGACACUUAAAUUUGGCGAUGUUAAUGUGACGCAAAAAAAUGUGUCGCGAACAUAACGUGACGCGAAAAUUUAGUGACUCAGACUGUGUCGACAAUAAAGGAAUAUGAGUUUAUUGCAGAUUGAAACGUGUUCUUAUUACAUAAAACUCUUGUGGCUUGUUUAUAUUGGGUAUCGUGGACAAUUGACUGUAAAUAAUUCAUGUACAAGCAUAAAAUGUUUGGGGACAUUGUGAGAGCUUCUUUGUUGUUAACGUUACUGUCGUCACAUAGACCCUCCAGUGGAUCAUUUUUUACGCCCAGUUAUAAAUCCUCUUCCGUUCGAUCGUCUCCGUAAUAUCCGGACGCUGUUAAUUGUUCACCCAAUUCAACACAGAAGGCGUUGCGUGUUUACAGGAGCCAUAAUGGGACAUAAUUCACAGAUCCCGGCCAACGCCCUAAGAUUUCCUCUCUGUCCCAUUAUGACUCUUGGUGUUUAGGCAAACCAUAUUUUGCCGUAUCAGCGCCGUGUUGCAGAUUGCCUUUUCACCUCUAUAUUUCCUUCUGUUUAAUGCAACAAACGGCCUUUUAAAAGUCUAAAUUUCGGAUAACGGUAAAGAAGACUGGGACGAAAGAAUUCACACUUCGAGAAAUUCGCACACAAAUUCAAUAGUCUGCGAAGCUGGUCAUUUCAGUUUGGCGAGAGAACAAAUGAGCAGUGAAGAGAAAAAGCAGAGUGUUUAAGAGAAAAGUCACUCACUACUGCAUAGUUUGGUGUUUUUGCUUCCUAUGACUUACAGUUGUUCUCAAUAUUGUAUUUCAAGGUGCGUUUAGUUCAGUCUUUAGCCAGCCACGGUUUUAGCUGUGAAAAGCGUUUCGCCUAAAAUUUCGGAGGAGUAAAUAACAGAAUAAUUGUCUUCCAUGAAAAUACGUUAGUCACGGCUGAGAAAAAUAGCGAAGCUUCAGCUCAUAUCACGGUAUAAAGAAUUGUGCGAUCGACCGUUUGAUCUGUUUACAUUUUUUAAAAGUUCGUUCCGAUGAAAUCAACAUGUGAGGGAUCAAAUUUGAGUUCAGAAAAUGCAAACAGCUAAUUCCUUUCAGUUGAAGAAAAAUAACAAUAAACGAAAGGAAGAAAACUUGAAACGUAACAUUUUUAUCUUGUGGCAAAGUGCGUUUUCGUGUCAACCAUAAUUUAAAAUAAGAUGAUAUAUUUGUAGUCUCGGUGCAGUCGGUUGAUAUGAGGCCCAUAGAUCGAUCGGGAUACGUUUAUUGGGUUAAUUCCUUUUAUUAUAAGCUAUUGGCUGUCUGUUCUAGAAAACUUCCCGUUUUCAUGCAACACGGGUUUAUGGCAGCCCAGUGAAGUCGCCUAUCGGCGGGUCUAGUUAUUUUAGUUUUGACCUGAUAAUAAAUGCAAAUGAUGCCGUUUUAUUUGAUUAAAUAAAAAGUCAAAUUUAUGGUGUCUUGCUCAAAAACACGUAAUUGAAGUGACCCUCAAUCCAAAAUUUUUGCGAAAUCGCAAAAUUCAAGUGUCACAAAAUAUGCAAACCAUCAGAUCGCGUUAACGUGUCGCGAAAAUUUCAUGUAGUAAGGUACUUGUUUUAUUUUCAACAGCUCAACCUUUCAUCAUCGUUGAGUUCUGCUCCAUGGGUAACUUGAGAGAUUUUCUCCGUUCCAGUCAUGGUAAAGUUGUGUACGCAAACAUGGCGGGUAACAGUUUAACGCUAACGUGCCGUGAUCUGUUGUCAUUUGCCUGGCAGUGUGCGCGUGGAAUGGGCUACCUUGCUAGUCAAAAGGUGAGUACUUCAACAGUCCUUGCUCGGAAGUGAUUGUCAAAUGCAAAAACUCACAAACAUUAAAGUUGCUAGAUGAGGUUUCGCGCGAUAUCAACUAUUGCUAAAUACCGAAUCAUUGAAUAAUGCAAUUCUAGUGCUCUGAUUGGCUUAGCCAUCAUGGUAUAUGAGCCAUUAUACCAUGCUCUCCAAAUAUGGUAACUGUACGUGUCUGCUCAAAAUUAAAAAUAAGCUGAAAAUCGGGGGGUUUUUUUACAAAUAAAGUCCUGAAGAAUUUAUUUUGUGGGCGUUUUUAAUAAAACAAUUAUUCCAGUCGCGCUUGUAGGCAUGGUAGAUACCCAACUCAUAUCCAACGCGCCCUCGAGGAAUAGCUGUUAAUUAGCCUGUUCUAAGGGUUCAAAUUGUAUGGACGGCGCAGAGAGAUGUGAGCAGGAAAAACAGCUGAAAACUCCCUCUCUUUCUCCUUAUUGUUUUCCCGCUCUCCGACUUCGCGCCGGCACCCCAUUAUGUGAACCCUUGAAACGGCUAAUCCAAAAUUGGUUACGGCUGAUAAUUCUAGAGAUCGCGAAAAACUGAUUGUGUUUAAUGAUACUUUGCAUAUGUGGUAUGCUUUUUUCAUUGUCUUUGUUAUUGUUGGUAGGGUUAGCUCAGUCGGCAGAGCGGAGGUUUCGGGCUCGAUUCCUGGGGCCGGACCAAUACUCGGGGUCUUAAAAUAACUGAGAAAUGAGGGUACUCCCUUUGCGCCUCGAGCGGCUAGACCUUCGCAUGGCUCGGGUGACCAUGUAAAAUGGCGGUCCCGACUCCAGUAGGAGACGUAAAAAAUAGUGUCCCCAAUUACGACUUUCGUGCUAAAUAUAUUGACACUCAAAAAAGUGCAUUUUAUUAUUUAUUUAUUUAUACUUAUUUGUUUAUUUACUUUUUGCUUUCUAAUUGUCCGCUCUGAUUCGUUUCUUUCUCUUUUCUUUUACAGGUUGUGCACAGAGAUUUGGCCGCUAGAAACAUUCUAGUCGACAAAGGUCACGUUUGUAAAAUCGCAGAUUUUGGUUUGGCAAGAGAUAUCUACGAAAAGAAGCAGUAUUUGAAACUGGGAGAAGUACGUGAAUUUUUUUUCUUCCUCAGCCCUGCGGCUACUUACUUAAAUCCCUGUCUCCCUGUCGUGGUACGCUCAGUGUUCCAAGUUGAGGGCGGCGUGUCUUGUACCGCACAUGUGUGCUUGGAUUAACUCAUAGCUUAUGUCAACAAUGCUCUAGCAGUGUCGUGCCGAUGUUGUAAAUAAGGCCUUACCAGCUAUUCACAGCCGCUGCCACUUAAUUGGUACAUCAAAUGGUAUGGUCUCCUGCGGCGAUGUCACUCGGCACUUUCUCGAAGUGUUGCGCUACAAACUAAAAAGGCUUUCUAGACUGCCAGGGCCCAGUUGCUCGAAGCAUGGUUGGCGUUAACCAGCGUUUAAUACCUUGACAACGUAUUGGUUUUGAUACUGCUUAACCAAUGGUUAAAGUUAACCAUGCUUUGAGCAACUCAGCCCAGACUGCUAGACAGACUACGUCAGACGUACGUCAGGGCGUAACGUUAGCUUCUCUAUCUUUUUACGUUGACCAGGACUACAUUAUCAACUCAGUUGCAAAAACCAAAUCUUCGUAUUUGACUUCCCAACCGACGCAACACCACAGUUUCUUUAGAAACUAAACCCUUCAUUGAUCUGCAGUACCCUGAGAAAACAGCUGUCAUUUUGCCACGCCACCAAUGAUUUUUCCGCAAAAUGAGGACUGAGGAACAAGCGCAGAAAUUCCAUACUGAUGCGCUCGUUCUACAGACAUCAUUUCUCGGUAAAACGAGUGGUGGCGUUGCGAAAUAUCGCCUCCUUUCUCAGGCUAAUCUGUGGGAAACGUUAAGUCUACAAAGGGUACGAUAUUCUUUAAAGUGGUAGUGAUGCCCAUUUCUAUGCCUCCAGAUGUCUGUCAUGGAUAUAUUUCUUCGCAAAGUACUCGCUGUCCAGCCAUUUACGACGUUGGUUCACUCGGCUCCUAGUGCUAGUUUCAUAGAUUUUUAUGUUGGUGUUUUCAGGCGGACUUGCCUCUCAGAUGGAUGGCCAUAGAGUCAAUAUUUCAGGGCGUAACAACCACUGAAAGUGAUGUGUAAGUAUUUCUCGCUCUCUCUCGUUUUUUCGUUGCCUCUCUUGUUUUUUCUUUGCCUUCCUUUUUUAUAUCCAGUUUUGUUGCCCGCUUUAUCAUCUUUCUUUCCCAUGGAAUUGUAUCUGGCUAUCUUUCCAGGAACCGAACGGGGGAAUUUUUAUCUGGAAUAGGGUUGUAGGUAAAAAGCUAAGUUCAACCCAAAAUGUUGGGAGGCUUUUUGUAACUCUGGCAUGAUUGGUUAGAAUGUCCAAAAGUGGUUUCCUGUGCAGCGAUUUUUCUUUGUUGAAUGCGCUACUUACUAACUUACACGCUUACACUGAAAGCAAAGUGGGUUUAGAAAGGAAAAUAUCCAUCGUUCCAUAUGAAACGAAAACGGCCUAAGCGGUAGGGUUAAGUCACGUUGUUAUCCACUAUUAAAUCAUUUUACCAUAUAAGGUAAAGAGAACGCGCAAAAUACGAGGACGUAAUAUACUGUAGUGUCCUGGAGCUCGUUUCUCGGAAGUCCCGAUAAUAGGACAAUUGCACGAUAACGUCAUUUUACUACAACUCCCAGAAUCCUUUAGUGUGUUGUUUUCUUAUGCAAAUUAAGGCUAUUGUUCUUUAAUCCUCAGCGGGAUUGACAAAUUUAAAUAACAAAGAAAAACCGAAAGAAUUCUGGUAGUUGUAGUCAAAUGUCGUCAUCGUGAAAAUGGCCUAUUAACGGGCCCGUAAAGCUGUUCUGGUUUACAUGCCAGACAGAGGUUUCAAUAUUUUUGCAUCUUCCAUGAUAAAACUAUCAGUUAAUGAAACAAAAUGGAGUAGUUUACUGGCCAGGACACUCGCUCUUAUUCUUUAUAUUUCGAUUUGAAUAUUUGAUUUUGGGCCCGAAAAGUUAACGGGACUUUCGAGAAACGGGCCCCUGGUUUAACCGGUUUACAACAGGGCGAAUACCGGCGGAUGCAAAAGGAGCAAAUAUGGCUGACAGAAUCAGGAUAUUUUGGAUACUCUUACUAGAAAAUAGAAGCUAAAAUAACAUUUUUCUUUUGCAGUAAAAUAAUUAACCUCUCAUUCAAAGGUUUGGCAUAUAAUACGAGUGAACAUUUUGCUCAUUGUUAACGUCAUUUUCACAGACGGAAUCAGGAUGUUCCGUGAAUACUCUUACCAAAAAAUAGAGGCCAAUUGCAAAAUAACAGUUUUUUUGUAGUGGAAUAAUAAACCUCUUAUUCGAUGGUUUAGCAUAUAAUACGAGCGGACAUUUUGCUCAUUGCCCGUAUUUUCCUCGACCCUGCGGAGCUCGGAAAAAUACCACGCAACUCGCAAAAUAUCCACACGCAUUAUAUGCUAAACCAUCGAAUAAGGUGUAUGUAAACUAGAGCAAAAUGCAAACUAUUUUAAAGUCUUCGAUUUUAAACUGGAGCCCAACUUUUGUUUUCUAGGUGGUCUUUUGGUAUUCUGUUAUGGGAAACUGUGACGUUAGGUAAGAAUGAACAUCCAAUUCAAAACAAUAGCUAACCAACAACAGUUUGCGCAACACCAAGAAACACCCCAGAAAACACUCAAUCAAACCACACAUAGAAAAAAGAAGCGAAAUUCACAGCACAGAAUUUCAAGAUGAUUUCUGUUUUAAUCAAAGUAGUUUGUGACGUCGAUAAGAUUUUUUCCUUGCCCUCUGCUCGUCGAGAAGUUCCUUUUUAUUUGCUCUGUACCCGACCGGGUACGUGGUUACCGGCUAUUUUCUUCUUACACACCGGUAAGAGUUUUUUAUGUUUCUAACUAGUAAUAACCAAAGGUUACGGAGUGCGCGCUACAACGAUCGAAGGUCAAAACGCUUUUGCUCCAUCGCUGUGCUUUGCGUAAGUUUCACGUGACAGAUAGUCAAGACACGCGUGAUCAGAUUACGAGUGAUAGAAGGUCCAAACGUGCGUGAUCAAAUGGCGUUCUGUGCAUUCCAUUCAUUCUUAGUGGAAGUCCAAACGAAUGCUGGGUACAUUUGUGCCGCGCAUGCGUAAUAACAACCUGGAGAUUAGGAUUGCGGGCUCCUCUUGUCCCUCGUUUUUCGCCCGCAAUUAGACUUGUUUUUUGUUCUUAUUAUUUUAGGAGCUCAUCCAUACCCAGCUUUAGGUCGAGAUCAGUUGAUUGAAGAGCUGCGUUCAGGGUACAGGAUGCCGAAACCAAAAUUCUGCUCCGAUGAGUUGUGAGUAUCUUAGAUGUAGGGUUUGUUAAGACGCCUUUUAACUUUUCUCCUGAAGGGAUAUCCUUUGGUUUGUCUUAACGAGUUUGAGUUGAAGAAGUUGUUGAUAAAAAUUAAGCAAAUGAAGUUUCGUCAUUUCAUUUUUAAUAAUUUUUCUCUAGAUAUGCCAUCAUGUGGCAGUGUUGGCAACAAGACCCUGCAUCUAGACCAACAUUCCUGGAGUUAGGAAAAACACUCCACAGACUGAUGACUGCACAGACGGUUGGUAUACAUUACUUUUUGGAGUGCAAAACCUUUCGUGUAAACAAUAAAUUUUUAUUGCAUCGUAUCAGAGUAUAAAAUUGUCAUGUCAAGGGGGUCUGGGACAACUCGAACAGCCCACUCAAGCAACUGUUAGAGCCGUAGCCAGAAAAAAAUAAGGACUGAGGCAAUAUUCAUGAUUGAAUUCCCCGCUUGGUAUUUAUGAUGACUACGUUUAAACAAAACACUGGGAUCAAACCUUAAAUGACUGAGGCAAGUGCCUCGGUUUGCCUCAUACUGGCUACGGCGCUGACUGUGAAAUAAAACCUGACCCAAAAGGGUCUUUAGCGAGUUUCGAACCUAUAACCCCUCCGUUACCGUUCGGUGCCCUACCAACUGACGCAUAUCUGUUAAGCAGUUGACCUGCUAUCAGCUUCAGUGUCGUUGUCAUUUUUUUCCGCCCUUUUCUAUUUAUUACCAAUUUUGGCGAACCUGAAUUUAAGUUAACUACGAUGAAACAUUUGAAAGGUAAGCUGCCCUUUCGUACCGAAGUAAUGUGAAAAGUUUUUUUUGUUUGUUUGUUUGUUUGUUUGUUUCUUUUUUUGUUGUUGUUGUUUUUAUUUUUAUUUUUACCACAUCGGCUAAUAAUCCUCUUUUUGAGAGGUUGCUGUAUUAGUAAAUGAAUGAAUGAAUGAAUAAAAAACUUAACGCCGUUCGUGUCGCUUGUGCACGCGUAAAGUUGCAUGUGCAUGCAAGGCCUAAAUCAAAAAGCCUGUUUAUCACUUAUCCUCAUUUCUUUUUGUGAUUUCAGCUGUCCAUUGAUUUGGACAAUUAUGAUCGAAGCUACAUAAACGCAACGAAGGAGCUUGAGCUUUGAAGUAAUUACAAAGCACAGUGGCCGGUGAUAUCGACAACGUCAAGGCCCUGCAACUUGAUCUUCGUCUCACCUUAUCGAACAGUGAACGUUUCUAUGUAUGAAGAGAAAGUAUUGUUUCUGGGGAAGUAGGCGGAGGCUUUUUUUAGGAAGUAGAAAUCACAUGUCACUUCGAUCGCAGAACACUGUCUUGACUGUAUCCAGUUGAGGUUAAUUAUGUGUCAUCUUGCGUUGCUGUCGUGAAUCAACCUAUUCGUAUCGGGAUUGACCA